AUGUCCAAUGCCUGGUAUACUAUUUGUAUUAAUGGUAAAAGAAAUGGUUUCUUCAAAUCUCAGAGGGGGGUUAAACAAGGUGACCCAAUCUUGCCUAGUCUCUUCAUCAUUGCGUCAGAAGUGCUAUCAAGGUUGCUCAAUAAGCUGUACGAGGAUAAAAAAUUCAAUGGAUUCAAUAUGCCUACCAAUGGCCCGUCGAUAAACCACCUCUCAUACGCUGAUGACAUCAUUAUAUUUUCUUCUGGAAAAUCCUAUACUCUUAUGAAAAUCAUGAAGUGCCUAAAAGAUUACCAGGAGAACUCUGGUCAAAUGAUCAACGAGGGAAAGAGCUGUUUUCUGAUGGAUGACUCGAUUUCUUCUAAGAGAGUGAAUAUUGUGGCAGGCAUCCUAAAUUUCCAAAGAGCCAAUUUCCCCAUUACUUACUUAGGCUGCCCAAUUUUCGUGGGAAGGAAAAACAUUCAAUAUUUUAGUUUCAUGGCAACCAAAAUUCUCCAAAAACUGGAUUCUUGGCAGUGUAAAACACUGUCAAAUGGUGGUAAAAUUAUUCUCAUUAAGCAUGUACUUAGUGCUAUUCCGGUCCAUUUACUUUCAAUAUGCAUGCCUCCAAAAACUAUUUUUAAACAAAUAGAAAGUAUCUUUGCUAACCUUUUCGGGGACAAAGGUGAUGAUGAAGGGGGCAUUGGCGUAAGAUCUUUGCAAGAAAUUGCAGAAUCCUUCUCUGCUAAGCUAUGGUGGACAUUCAGAACAGCCGAGUCCUUAUGGACCAAGUUUAUGAAGGCCAAAUAUUCUAUGAGAAUUCACCCGAUGGCUAGAAAGUGGAACUAUGCUCAUUCACAUACAUGGAGAAGACUCAUGAAGAUUAGAGACAAAGUGGAUCAUCUAAUCCACUGGAAGAUCAAUAAAGGCAAUUCUAACAUCUGGUGGGAUAAAUGGAUGGGAACAGGAAAACUUGCUCGGCUCAACACUAAUACUUCCAUCAACAGCCCCUUACACCAAUAUAUCCACCACAAGGAGUGGGACACGAAUAAGCUAUUAAAAAAUUUCCCUCUUGAGAUGGUGAACAACAUUCAGAAUAUUAAAAUCCAUUCUCUAGAUCAUAGGGAUAUACCUAUAUGGACUCCCACCUGCGAUGGGAAGUUCACCUGUAAAUCAGCAUGGAAUGCUAUGAGAGAGCCUAAUCAUACCUCGCUGGUUUGGUCAUCAGGAGACCCAGGAACACCUGUUCCAUGA